CGAGAUUUAACCCUGAAAUUUAACUGGACUGGGUUUGUUAAAACUUCAGAGUUCAGCAUGCCUCGGUCUUUCCUGGUAAAAAAGUAUUUCACCAGCAAGAGGCCAAACUACAGCGAGUUGGAAUGUCAGAACGAUACUUUGCCAGACAGAUACCCACUAGCAGAACUUCCAGCGAUCACCAGUGACUUCCCAGUAACUUGCUUGACCACUGGACUGGUUUGGGACGUCAGCUUGCUACCUUCCCUACACGAUCCCACAUCCCCAUCCACCCUUUCCACUAGCCAGGGCCCGCUGGACCUCAGCUCCCCGUCCAGCGUCAGCUGCAGCAGCAGUGGGGAAGAAGAUGAAGGACGCACGUCUGACCCACCGAGCCCAGAUUCCUCAGACACCUACCACCCUCAACAGACCAGCAGGCCGAGACGCAGCAACAAGAACAGGGCAGGACAGAGAGAGGACAAGAGCGAGGCCAUUGUACCAGCCACUCGAUCGGCCUUCUUCUGCAAGCACUGUCCCAAAAAAUACAACAGUCUCGGUGGCCCUGAAGAUGCACAUCCGCUCACACACACUACCAUGCGUCUGUCCCACCUGCACCUAAUAGCAGAUUUCUGA